AAAGACUGUCCUGCCAUUGAAGUGCCGCACCCAGUGUGGGUCGCGUCACAGAGAAUAACCCGUUCUCCGCCCGCGUUGUUUGUUCAGCGAGAGCAAGAUCUCUCGAUUCCGGAGAGUUUGUUAUUCCGCGUUAUUGGCUUGCAGCGACUGGUUGUGGUUGAGUUUUGCUAGGGCGCCGUGCGUUGUGGGGAGUGUGCUCGCUCUUGUUGUGGGGUGGUCCGCGUCUCGAUCGCUGUGGGACACCAGCUGUGACAAGUGUUUGUGGUUUGUGAUUUUGUGCGAUUUUGUUUGAUUUUGUGUGAUUCUCGGUGGUGUGGUGUGUUGUGGGCAAGCUAACAUAAAAGUGUACCUCACAAAGAUGGAGGAGAAAAGCCUGCUGCUGAACGUGCACAGCAAUCUGGAGCCACCGAAACCCGAUAGCAAAACAUACCUGAUGAGGGGUAACUAUCACUACUAUCACUACGGUUGCGACGGAUUCCAGGACAUGGGCUGGGGUUGCGGCUACCGAACGCUCCAGUCGAUCUGCUCCUGGAUACUGCACAGUGGCGCAGCGAAGACGGCCACGACGAACGAGGUACCGAACAUUCCCACCAUCCAGCAGACGCUCGUCGAGAUCAAGGACAAACCGGAACGGUUCUUCGGUUCGCGCGAAUGGAUCGGAACGCUCGAGGCAAUCUACGUCAUCGACACACUGUACGAUGUGUCCUGCAAGGUGCUGCACAUCGCGCGCAGCGACACGAUCGCCAAGCACGCCGACACGCUGCGCGAUUACUUCGAGCAGUACGGUGGGCUGAUCAUGAUGGGUGGCGAUAUGGAUGCGGCAUCGAAGGGCAUCGCCGGCAUACACGUGAGCGUGGAUCAGGACGUGUACCUGCUGGUCGUCGAUCCGCACUACGUCGGGAAGAUACAGACGAAGGAGGAACUCUACACCAAAGAGUACGUCAAGUGGCAGAAGGUCGAGGACUUUGUCGACAGCUCGUUCUACAACCUGUGCCUGCCGAUGCUGAAGAGCCGCGAUCCGGCCGCGUAGAACGCCACGCCACGCGGUCCCAGGUCUCUUGGGAGAGAAGCAAUACGGGAGAGCGCUGCCGUAUGAUUGGAUUGCAGCCUCACACACUCCUGGACAAUAGUGCGCCCUCCUUUUGGAUUGCCAUACGUAUUCCGAACAUUAUUCGAGCCCUCCUUUUACCCCCUUGAAUCCUUUUAGAGUAACUAUAUUAUUCUGAAGAGAAGAAUAUCAAAACACAGUUGGCGAUCACAGAUCACCAGUCUUCCCCUCUCUAUAAAAUGGGGAUGGACCGCGUAGAGCGUAGCGUUUACGCCAAAAGCAAGGAAUCGUUUUCUAUGUAACCAAAACCAACUCCCCGCCCCUCUAGUGAAUAGCGAGAACGUAAUGUAACGGUAGCACAAAUUUCGGAUUCGGACCAAGCUUCGAAGCACCAUAUCCCGGUCAUCAAACAUCAUCAUCCCCAAAUUAACGCGGGACCAACGCGGAAUGAAUUGGACUUGGAGCAAUAGCGCACCCUCUUUCCUUAAGUGUACAGAAAAUAAGAGACAAAAAGGAACGACAUCGGAAGGAGAAUCGGCAAGUUAGCUAAUUAUUAGUCGUCAUAUCGUUGUCGUCGUGGUCGUCGCCGUCGGGAGCGGGAAUUCAAUCGAAACAACUUACAAAGUGUCACUAUCGUCUCCCGGCCGGCAGCCGGCUGAACCAUAUUUUCGUGUGAUUUCUAACAGAUUUAGGGAAAUAAUUCGUAGACUAAAAAAGGGAAAAUAAUAAUCAAAAAACAGGGAACCCACUCCACGCGGAAGUGGUGGGAAGUAGCAAACGUUUCGGGAGAGAUCAUACUGAUUACGGCGCUCGUCUUGCACCACUGCCACCCACCCCUUCUUAUGUCUGUUACAUGAUGGCAUCCUAUUACAGCGUACCCCCACGCUAAUCGGUUACCUGACGCAGUUAGAAGAAAUGUGCAUUCAUUUCAAAAUUUGGAUGAAAAUCAAACAAACGAAACAAUACGCUACAAGUGUUACAGCCAUUUUUGGGCCAUUAUGAUCCCUCCCUCCCUCCUUUAUAAUCUCAGUUUUUCUGGUGAGGUGAGGAUGAGUUUCCAGAAACCCCCUCGAAACAUUGAUUAAACAUAGUUCAUAGCAAUUGGUAGUGAUCGGAAGAGAAGUAGCAGCAGCAGCAGCAGCGGAUCGUUGCAAAUUAUGUUUGUUGUUAUGUAUUUAUAAACUUUUAAAUGUGUGGCCAUGUGCGGUGGCCGAGAAUAAAGUCAAGAAAAAAACCGUCUAUUUAAUCAAACACAG